CUUCUGCAGACCCCAGGUUUUUUCAAAGUCCGACGUCAUUUUCUCACUAGUUUUCUGCCCAUCCCAUUUCUUUUUUCAAUUUGCCACCGCUCAAUGUCGUUGUAAUCUUUUAUCCCAAUGCAGCCUUCCUUUUCAGAUACCAGUUGGUCUACUCGAAUCAUUGCCGAAAUCUCUCAGCAACUCGGGGACACAUCCGAUAGAGCCACCGCACAGCUGCUUGGUUGUGGUGAAGAUAAUUUUAACCUCCUGCUAUCAGCUGUACAAGAUUUGGUCGCUGAAACGCCACGUUCAAACUCAUGUGGAACCCUUGAAGCGCUGGCAAAGUUGGCCCACACGAAAAUGUCAAGCGGGGAGGCGCAAAUAUGCUGGAGGCGCAUGUAUACGGACGCCCAUAUUCUCCUUUCACUGUCAGAGCUUUCUCCUCAUACCGCCUUACAUGCGAUUGGUUACUUGGACCGUGCUAUCAUUAUCGCAGGCGCAGCAGGGGACGGUCGGCUUGAUCUAAUUCUGUCACUCAUCUCGAAUAUACAGUCAAAUUACGUACAAUCGCAUCAUUUCUCUCUGACCCGGAGUCGUUUUGAACCGAACAGUUCCGUUCACGAGCCCCUCGUUCUUCACACCUCUCGCCAUGCGAUCCCCAGUUUGAACUCUCCGCCAUCUCUUGAAACUUUCCAAACCAAGUCCUACACGAACCCUUUCAUCUUACGGAAGUUUGCCAGCAAUUGGCCUGCUCUAAAUGAACAUCCUUGGUCCUCAGCAGCCUAUCUUCGCUCAGUUGCUGGUCCUGGAAGACUGGUGCCUAUCGAAGUAGGCACAGACUAUCGGGCAGAUGAUUGGACGCAAAUGUUGAUGAGUUGGGAUGAUUUUCUUACGUCUCUUGACUUGGAUGGACAGUCAGCCGUCCCCGAAGAUGUUCUUUACCUAGCACAACACAACCUUUUGAUGCAAUUUCCGGAAUUAAAUUCCGAUAUUACUAUACCAGAUUAUGCUUACUCUUCUCUACCCUCUCCUCCCGACUACCCCAAAUAUAGAUCACCCAAUAAUGAGGACCAGCUUGUCGUAAAUGGAUGGCUUGGGCCCAAAGGAACCAUCUCCCCUGCACACACCGACCCGUACUACAACUUAUUUGUCCAGAUAGUUGGACGGAAGACCGUAUGGUUGACGUCCCCAGCACUGUCAAAACACAUGUAUCCGUAUGUCGCUCAACAUUGCGAGAAUCCAGCGGCGAAUAAUACCAGUCCAUCAAUGAGUAACACCUCGCAUGUCGAUGUCUUUGGUGAAGUUUCAAAAGGCGAUCGAUAUCCAGAUUUUGAGCGACAUGUCAUCACAAGCAAGCUGACAAUGCAUGCGACACUGGAGCCUGGUGAUCUUUUAUUUUUGCCUGCAGGUUGGUGGCAUGCGAUGAGAGCAGAAGAAACUAGUUUCUCGGUAUCCAUGUGGUUCUAAGCAGUGGUAUUACAUUGUAGAAUCUACAACGCCGUUUUUGAUCAAACCAUUCUUUGUCACAA